AUGUAUAAAAAUGAAUCCAGUGAAUCUAGUGAAUUCAGUGAUGAUAAAAAUGAAUCCAGUGAAUUUAGUGAAUCUAGUGAUGAUGAAAAUAAAAUAGCCAAAUUAAAUUCUUUUAUAAGUUCUUUAGACACAAAAAGAAAACGAAAUAAUGAUAAUUCUUUGGAAAAUCAUAAAAAAAAACGAAUCCAAGAAAGAACUGAAGCAUAUGAAGAAUCAGAAUAUAAUUUAAUCACGAGAGAGUCUGGUUCUUCCAAAAAAAAAGUUGAUUAUCAAGAUUUGUUAGAGACAAUACAAGAAGAAACUGGAUUUAGUGGAUUAAAACAAAAAUUGGCUUCACUUGAAAGUGGAGGAAAUAAAGGAAGUUAUAAACAACCAUUACCAGCACCUUUACCUAAAAGAAUUCAAGAUAAAUUAAAUAGACAAGCUGCUUAUGAAGAAACAAAAAAAGAUAUUAAUAAAUGGGAACCAAUUGUUAUUCAAAAUCGGGAAGCUGAACAUUUGAAAUUUCCGAUGAAUCCUGUUCCUCAUUAUCAACCUACUAAUAAUACAUUGACAGGAAAUUUUCAACCUUCAACUAAUCUUGAGAAAGAGGUUGAUGCAGCAUUAAUAGAAAGUGGAGCCAAAGAAAAAGAGAUUCAAAAAUUUGAAGAACUUCAAUUAAGUAAAUUAUCAGUUGAAGAAAUAAUGGCUCGUCAGAAAGAACUUCGUCGAAUGCGCGAAUUAAUGUUUCGAGAAGAAAUAAAAGCUAAACGAAUUGCAAAAAUUAAAAAAACCAUUAAAGAAGAACAGAUGAAAUUAGAGUCAGCACGAGCACAAGAACGUAUGUCAUUAAGACAUAAGAAUACUAGUAAAUGGGCUAAACAAACUCUUAAAUAUGGAGCAAAUGAUAAAUCAAGUCAACACGCUAUAGCUGAACAAUUAAAGAAACAUGAAGAAUUAAAACGUAAAAUUCAUGAUCUUAAUUCAGACGAAGAUUCAGAUUACGAGUCAUCAUCAUCAUUAUUAUCAAAUGAUGGUGGUGAUCAAAAAGAAGAUAAAGAUAUGAUAAAUUCUGUUAAAGAAAAAGUAUUUGAUGAAUUAGCAAGUCUUGAAAUGAAAACACUUGAAGAAGAAAAAGUAAUACCUAAAGGAAUUUUGGGAAUGAAAUUUAUGCGAGAUGCUAUGGAAAAUGGGCGAAAAAUGAAUAAAGGUUUAAUAGAUGAUUUCAAAAAAUCAAAUAUUGAUAAUUCAAAUAAUUUGGAUGAUUCGGAUAAUUUGGAUAAUUUGUUAAUUGAGAAAAGAUCAGUUAUUGAGGUUAUUGAGGUUAUUAACUCUGUUAACUCUAAUACAAAAAAGGAUGACAAGAAAGAUUUACAGUCUGAACAAAAAAAUAAUGAUGAGUCAUUAUCUCAACAAAAUAAAAAUAAUUCAAACGAUAACGAAGAAAAUCCCUGGCUUCAAACUGAUACUGCAGUUACUUCCAAAAUAUUAAAUCAUAAAAAUAAUAAACGAAUUAAAUCAUUAGGAGAAAACAAAUCUGAUAAAUUAAUUUCGAAAACAAAGAAACAUCAAUUGAAAAAUCAAAUAAAAGAGGACAUUGUUGAAAUUGAUGAAUCUAAAAAGAAGGAAAAGAAGAAAAAGAAAAAUGUAACAUUCAACAACAACAUCAACCACACCACUAAAAUUGAUGAAAAUUUAAGUGAUUCCAAUGAUGAGAAUGAUGAAGCAAUUAAGAAUUUUGUGCAUAUAAAGAAUUCUACUGCAUUUUCACAUCGAGAAUUAGUUGCUCGAGCAUUUGCGAAUGAUAAUGUUGUUGAUGAAUUUGUAGCAGAAAAACAGGAAAUAAUCCAAGAAGAUGAACCUAAAGAAAAAGAUGUUACGUUACCUGGAUGGGGAUCAUGGAUUGGUAAAGGUGUGAAACAAUCUAAACAAAGGAAAAAAGUUGUUAUCAAACCGCUGCCUGGAGAAGGUAUAGAAGCCAAAAAACGUCAAGAUGCAAAAUUGGAACAUGUAAUAAUUAACGAGAAACGAAUCAAAAAGGCAAAGAAAUAUUUAUCAACAGAUAUUCCUCAUCCAUUCGAAACUAAAGAGCAAUAUGAACGUAGUUUAAGAACUCCAAUAGGAAAUGAAUGGAAUACACGUGAAGUAUUCCAAAAAAUAAUUACACCAAGGGUUAUUACCAAAAUGGGAUGCGUUAUUGAUCCAUUAAAUGUUCCUUUUCAGACAACAAAUGAUGAUGUUGAUAAUAAUGAGGAUUAA